AUGGCCCCAGCAGCCCUCCUCUCUCAAACCAUCACGGAUCCAGUUCCCACCGCACCAACAGUCGUCGGUCCAACAACAAAGACAGCAACCAGACCAACCAAGAAGAUCCCCCAGUCUAUCAUCGACAAUGCCAGACUCACCGAGCGACGCCCCUUCAACCCUCAGGACGACCUGAUCUACGAACCGCCAUCUAAGAUCCAUACCAUGGCUGAACUCGGCCUCGAAGGCGCAGGAAUCUCGCCCAACGCCAUCUCCGAGCCUUUCCCGCUGUUCACGGAGGGAGCGAUUCGCCAGAUGAGAGCUGAGGUAUUCAGUGAGCCUGUGUUAGCGGAUUGUCAGUACGCGAGUAGCUUUUGCACCAACAUGAUAAGGGGGAUGGGGCAUGCGCGAGCCCCCUUCAUCUGCGACGCCUGGAAGUCCCCCGAGGUCCUGUCCAAGGUAUCCUCGAUCGCAGGCAUUGACCUCGUCCCGGCCUACGACUACGAGAUCGCGAGCAUCAACAUCGCCGCUAAGGACGACCCAGUCGAGUCCAACUCCGUUGCAGCAGAUGGUCCAGCCGGCGCUAAGUCCGGCGAAGACGACGACGCCCCCGCCUUCGCAUGGCACUACGACAGCUUCCCCUUCGUCUGCGUGACCAUGCUCUCAGACUGCACCGGGAUGGUCGGCGGCGAGACGGCGAUCAAGUUGCCCUCAGGCGAGAUCAAGAAAGUCCGAGGGCCGGCCAUGGGCUACGCGAUCGUAAUGCAAGGCCGCUACAUGUACCACCAAGCCCUCAAGGCGCUUGGUGGACGCGAGCGGAUCUCCAUGGUGACGGCGUUCCGGCCUAAGGACCCGCUUGCGCGCGACGAGUCGAUACUCGUUGGUGUUCGGGGGAUCAGUAACCUGGGCGAGCUGUUCCCGCAGUACUUUGAGUACAGGCUUGAUGUGCUGGAAGAGCGGGUUCGGGCGCAGCGGAGGGAAGAACGGGACAGGGAACGUGCGCGGAAGCCGUUCGAUGUUGCGGGGAAGCGCAGGUGGUUGGAGGAGCAGAGGGGGUUUAUUGAUAGUAUGCUGAGGGAGAUGAUCGUCCCCGAGUAG